GUGAUGAAGAUGUUUAGUUUUCACGUUUAAUGUCACAGAGCUCCGGUAAAGAGCUGCAGUUCAGGUGUGUCUCGGUGUUACAGACGGUCUGAGGAAUUCACGGUGACAUUUAACUUUGCUGGUGUUAGUUUACGAGCUGUAGAAGAAGAGAGAACUUGACUGCGACAAAUUAACACUGUGCGCACCAGCUACUGUAUUUGAGGUCGACGAAGAAGAAGGAGAGUGUUUUACUCUCCGUGUCCUUUUCGUUUAUUGAUCUAUUUUUCAUGGAUUACACUGCGGCGUCAGACCUGUGACAUCUCUCUGCGACACUGCAGAACAUUUGAACAGGUGUGCAGAAGUUUGAGUGGACAGCAGCAGAGUGACAGAGCGACAAGAGGAGGGAAAGCAUAAUAUACUGUGUCACUGAGGAAUAUCCUGAGGAACUAUGGAGCUGUCACUGGCUCACCCGGCCAUCAAAGCCUUCAUGUGUGGCUCUUUCAGCGGGACCUGCUCCACGCUGCUCUUCCAGCCUCUUGACCUGGUUAAGACUCGUCUGCAGACUCUGCAGAGUGGUGUGCAGCCUGGUUCGGGCAGAGUGGGGAUGAUGGCAGUCGUCCUGAGCGUGGUGCGGACAGAGAGGCUGCUGGGACUGUGGAAAGGAGUUUCACCGUCCUUUGCUCGGACCAUCCCAGGAGUGGGGCUCUACUUCAGCACCUACUACUCUCUGAAGCAGCACUUCUUCCAGGACAGCAGCCCGGGCGCAGUGCAGGCCGUGCUGCUGGGAGGCGGGGCCCGGACUGUGGCAGGGGUCUUCAUGCUGCCAGUCACUGUCAUCAAAACACGCUUUGAGUGUGGCAAGUACAGUUAUGGGAGUGUGGCUGGAGCUCUGCGCAGUGUGUGUCGAACUGAAGGUCCUGCAGCUCUGUUCUCCGGCCUGAUGGCCACUCUCCUCCGAGACGUUCCCUUCUCUGGUAUCUACGUCAUGUUCUACAGCCAGGCCAAGGCCUCGCUGCCAAAAGAAAUCAGCACGUCUGCUUCGGCCCCGCUGGCUAACUUCAGCUGUGGGAUCCUAGCGGGUAUACUGGCCUCCCUGAUCACGCAGCCUGCCGAUGUGGUCAAAACACACGUCCAAGUGAAUCCACAGCUGAGGACACUCGAGGCUGUCAGAAACAUCUACAUGGAACAAAGACUCCAGGGCUUCUUCAGAGGGGCGGUUCCACGGGCGCUGAGGAGGACCAUGAUGGCCGCCAUGGCGUGGACAGUGUAUGAGGAGAUGAUGGCUCGCUUUGGACUCAAGUCCUGAAGAGAAAAGUUGAACGAAAAGCUUGUAAACGAAAUACAGGUGAGAUAAAAAAGUCAAGUGACAGAGUGACGACAGGGAUGUGAACAGGAAGGAGCUGCUACAGUGGAGAUGCGCCUGACGGUGUUUUCAAGACUCACAACAUUUCACAGCAACAAGAGUUGCACGCUCAAGAAUGAAGACGAUGUACUCUUGAUGUCUAAAUGACAUAACAUGCACAUUAAAAGACAGACGAGGAGACUUUGCUCCAUGAAAUGUGCUUUGCUGGCUCAUGGCUGAAGUUCAGGAAGCAGCUUUUUGGUCCAGUGCUUCGUAACUAUGGAGAACACAUUUAAAGAAUAACCCAGGUACGCUGUGAUGCUUCGUGUCGCACAUUAAGAUGUAAAAAGAUUUUGAUCCUUAAUGUGUACGAGGAUGUUUUAGAAACGCCUCAGUUAGAAUUUCUGUGCCUCUGGUUUUUCAUGGUUGUGUUCUCUCAAAGAAAGACUGCAGUGAUGAUAUCUACUAUUUCUCAAGACAGUGUCCCAGACCAGACUUCUGUAAUGCACUUUAACCCCUGCAGUUCUGUCUCAUGCACAGAUUAAAUCCUGGAGAGGCUCUUAAACGCCUCUCCAAUAACAGUGUUAUUUAUAUUAUGACAUUUUUUGUAAAACAAAAUAUGUGCUCGUAGUAUUAACUCGGUUUAUCUGCCUUGAAAGAUUUUUGCCUUGAUAUUUAAUAUAUGUUUACCUUAACCUGUGUUGUUCUGCCUUUUUAAUGAUGUUGAAUAAAAUAAAGCUCAGUGCAGUAUA